CCCAAGAUCUGAUUUCCCCCUUCCCCUUCCCCUUCCCCUUCUUUUCCAUUUACAAAAAGCCAUAUGGAGAGAGACAAACUCUAAAUCACACCCUUCCCUCAUUCUUCGCCUCCAAAUAGGUCCUUGAUUUCAAGUAAACACUGAACAAACCAACCUCUCUUCAGAUCUGAAUCUUCUCUUGCACUCUUUUCAGGGGUUUUGGCUAAGGAAUGUAAAGAAGAUGGGAAAGAAAGAAACAUGGUUUUCUUCUGUAAAGAAGGCUCUAAGUCCAGAUCCCAAAGAGAAGAAAGAUCAGCAAAACUCGAAGAAAUCGAAGAAGAAAUGGUUUGGAAAGCAAAAGCAUUGCUAUCCAGAUUCUACACAGGCUGUGGCUGAGCCAUCACCACCGCCCCAGCAAGAAGAGGCACAUAUAGUUCAUUCAGUGAGUGAAGAACACAAUGAGCCUUGCUCUGUUGAAGUUGCUACUGCAACAGAAGUGACUUCUGCAGCUGCUCAGGCUAAUGAAGCAAGUGUUUCUACUUUUGAGCCUAAUGUUGCUACUCCGUUUGUUGCUGCCAAAGUUGUGCACGUCGCGACGGAGACACGAUUUGUUGGACUAUCUAAGGAGGAAGUUGCAGCAAUCAAGAUCCAAACAGUGUUUCGUGGAUACCUUGCAAGGAGGGCGUUACGGGCAUUACGAGGAUUGGUGAGGCUGAAAUCAUUGAUGGAGAGUUCUACUGUGAAACGACAAGCCUCGAACACGCUUCGGUGUAUGCAGACGUUGGCUCGUGUUCAAUCUCAGGUUCAUUUUAGGAGGGUUAGGAUGUUGGAGGAGAAUCAAGCUCUACAGAAACAACUCCUUCAAAAGCAUGCGAAAGAGCUCGAGAGCUUGCGGAUUGGGGAGGAAUGGGAUGACAGUUUACAAUCAAAGGAGCAGAUUGAAGCUGGUCUAAUGAGCAAAUAUGAGGCUGCAAUGAGAAGGGAGAGAGCCCUGGCAUAUGCCUUCACUCAUCAGCAAACCUGGAAGAACUCUGCAAAGUCUGUAAACCCAGCAUUCAUGGAUCCAAGUAAUCCCACCUGGGGUUGGAGCUGGUCGGAGCGAUGGAGCGGAGCUCGAGUACAUGAUGCACCUGACCUGACAGGAAAAGAGUCAAACACCAGUCAUUCCGGUAAGAAGACGACGAGUCGUGGCAUUGUUGGCGGAGAAAUCAGCAAAUCAUUCGCUCGAUUUCAGCUGAACUCAGAGAUGGAUUCCCCAACAGGCAGCCAGAAAACAACUCACUCUGCUUUCCAACCCUCCUCAACUCCUUCCAAGCUAGCUUCAUCUCCUAAAGUAAAAAAAAUGAAGCCUCCAAGCCCAAGAAUCCUCAUGCUUCACGACGACGACUCGAAAAGUAUGGUCAGCAGUAUGCAGUCCGAAAGAUCACGAAGGCACAGCACAGGAGGAGGAGGACCUUCGGCAAGGGACGACGAUAACAUGUCAACCACGAGUGCCGUUCGGAGUUACAUGACACCAACUGAAUCAGCAAGAGCAAAAUCCAGAUUGCAGAGUUCAUUAGGAACUCCAGAGAAAGGAUCUUCAGCAACAGCAAAGAAACGUCUCUCGUACCCUCCUUCACCCGCCUUGGCAAGACGACAUUCAGGUCCGCCCAAGCUCGAAGGCGACGUCGAUAUCGGAAACAGCAUCAUCAAUGGAGUUGGUGGCUAAAUUAUGCUGAACAAGAUUGGAUGAACUGCAGAUUUGUUAAAAUGGUUAACCUUACAAUUUAUUUGUUUUUUUUUUAUUCCACACACAUCAUCUAUCACUUGAAAUGAUCCAUGAAAAGGGAAUUUGUUCAUUCUAAAUGUGUUUGAAUGUGUUCUGGGAAUCUGCUAAAUUCUUGCGUUUGAUACUCAACAGGGCAAGGCAGGACAUGUCGUGUGGGUCACUGCUAUUUUUACAUCUUCCAUUGUGAUUAUUUUUUCCACGAACUUCUGUAUUAUUUUUUAUUUAUCCACUUAAUUUCUUGAUUACU